GUGUGUGUGUGUGGAGUAGAGAUCCACACGUGACUGACUGAUGCUCUUAUACAGGAGCCUGGACGGAGGUAAAGGCACAGAUAAGAGGAGGACAGCCUGAGAGAGGAGAGUCUUCAGCCUUCAGUCACAGCAUCAUCAUCAUCAUCAUCAUCAUCAUCACCACCACCCGGAAGGCAGAGUCUUCCCCUCCCGUCAUCCCUGCAUCUCCAGUGGCUUCGUGUUUUCAUCCCGCCCGGUGUCGUGGAUGUAUCGGCCGGCUGCAGCCGUGUUCGCGGCGCUGACCGCUUGGCUCUGGUGCGGUGCGGCUGUGUGCGCGGUGGCGGGAAAAAGCCAGCCGCUCAACCAGCGACCCAUCAUCGGUGUGCUGGCGCAGGAGAACCUUCCAGGAGACCAGGUCGCUCAGGGCUCCUCCUACAUCGCCGCCUCCUACGUCAAGUACCUGGAGGGAAGCGGGGCCAGGGUCGUUCCCAUCAGAAUCAAUCGAACAGAAGAAGAAUAUGCGAAGAUAUUCUCCUCAAUCAACGGGUUGUUGCUGCCGGGGGGCGACGUGGAUCUUCAGACGUCGCAGUUCAGUCGAGCCGCAAAGAUCUUCUACAGCUUGGCUCUGAAGGCCAACGACGCCGGGGACUACUUCCCCAUCUGGGGGACGUGUCAGGGCUUCCAGCAGCUGUCUGUCCUCACGGCCAACAAGAACCUGCUGACCCUCACUGACACCAAGGCCGUGGCUCUACCGCUCAAACUCACAACAGCGGCCAAGUCCAGCCGUCUGUUCCAGAGUUUUCCCAAGGAUCUGCUGCAGUCUCUGGCCGAGGAGAACAUCACCUCCAACUUCCACAGCUGGAGUCUGUCCAUUCAGAACUACAGCCGGAACGCCAAGCUGAAGAGGUUUUACAAGAUCCUGUCCACGAACAAUGACGGGAAGAAAGAAUUCAUCUCCACCAUGGAAGCCAACCGGUAUCCGUUUUAUGCUGUUCAGUGGCAUCCAGAGAAAAGCCCCUUCGAGUGGAUAGAUAAGCCGGGAAUGGUCCACUCCACGUCUGCUGUCAGAGCCAGUUACUACACGGCCAGCUUCUUCGUCUCUGAAGCCAUGAAGAACCAACACCACUUCUCCAGUCUGGUGGAGGAAGAGCGAGCUCUCAUCUACAACUUUUCUCCGGUCUACGCCGGCAUCCACGCCGUCUUCGUUCAGAACUACUACUUCGAUUGACGGACAGGAAACAGACCUGAUCUCAGAAUCUCCAGUCGGAAAACAUCUUUAAAACCAAACUCCAUGGCGUCGUCGUGCACAGCAGCCUCCGACAUCAGAUCAACAAUUAGCAGUUUAGCUUAACCGAUUUGCACAGUUACAUUAAAGUGCCAACAGUGCAGCGAUUAAUAAUACAAGAUAAAUAUAGUCUAAUAUCAUAAAAGUACAAAAUCAAACAAUGUGCCAAUGUGUUUCCAUGGAAAUGAAUUUAUAUUUCAGUCUCAGUGACAUCGCUCCUCAGUUCUAAACAUAAUAUCUAUGAACUACAUUUAUUCAUUCAGGAUUUUUAUACAUCCAUAAAAUACAAUGAUUAAAAGUCAAAUAUCAGUUUACAUACACUUUUUGAAUAAUAAUAAAACAGUUAAGAUUUAAAGUCAACAGUAUAAAAACACUGCCACAUGAUUCACAUUAAUCCUACAGCAACACUCUUUGAUUGAAUUCACCUUACAGUGUUUUGUUUACAUGCAGUCUGACUCACCCGUAGAUGAGCAGUAGGAAAGUAUAUUUUCACGACUGCUGUUCAUUCCAUACAAGUAUAUAUGACCAAUUAUGACAAAUUAAAUUAAAAUUAAAUGUAAAAUGCUGGUGAAUUCGCAGUCGCAGCUUGUGUCUCAGAUCAGUAGCGUCACCACUUGCACUAAAAUGUACUUUCACGUGUUCAGAAUGCUUUAAAUUAUAUAUUCGACUCGUCUUUGCUCGUCUUGUAACUACAGUGUCUCAUGCAUCCACUCCGGAGCCAGUGUUUCCCAAAUCACUGCCAUUUAAAUUUGUAUUAAUGUCAACAUGUUUUUAGAUGUCGGUCAGAAAUCUUGAGAAUCUGAAGAAAGUUAAACGGACUCACCUCUCAUUAGUCGGCACCAGCGUCGCUCUUCAGCCUGAGUGAAUAUGAGACUCUCUAAUUAGAUUUACCCAAUAAUAUGCAAUUACUAACACGACUUUUGAAAACCAGUGCUGAUGUUCGCCGUCUCUUAAUUUUAAAACUUCUCCGGCCAGCGGCGUCGUCACAUUGCGAGUCUGCGUCGGUGCGACACGAGCACAGAAUUUCAUGAGAUUGCACGUUGCCCUCUGCUUCACUGGGAGCUUUAGCCUCUUUUUAGCUGCUGGAAGUCCAGGAGGUUGAGAAAAAGCGGGAGCCUUUGUGCAGCCGAAUUCUGACGGAGAAGCCACUGAAGCCUCGGGCUUAACGUGGAUCACCAGGAAACACCGACUCACCUCGUUUCCCAUGUUGCAUUUCAUCAUCAGCGAGAGAUUAUUGAAGUUCAGAGAGAUUAUAGCAAAACUGCUGUUUCAAUAUCAGUGUGGAAAAAAUGAAUGUUCUGUAGAAACGUUAACACACUUUUCUCCUUCUUAUGUUUUUCUCUGCACAACAUCCUCAUGCCUCAGUUUCUAGAAGAUAAACAGUGUUUCUCUCCUCAACGUUUAACAGACAAAAACAGAUAGUAAUAAUAAUAAAUCAUAACUCAGAGUUGAGAAACAGUUUGUCUACAUGAUUGUAUUCUUGUGCGUUGUUUUUUUUAAUCCUCAAAAGGAAAUGAAGUAUUUUGUAAAACGUGUGUCAGAGGGGAAAAUUUAAGGAAUUAAAGUCUUCACACUGACACACAUGUAUUUUAUUUUUUUAAUUGUACUCAUCCACUUUGUAUAAACGAGGAUGGAAACCUGAAAACAUCACGAGGUUUUCUCACCAUGUUCCUGGAGAAAAUUGAUUGUAUGUCUGAAAAGUGAAACCUUGAAUGUUUAACGAUGUGAUAUUUAUCAGCCACCGUCCUCACUCUCCGAAACCAAUACGGCUCGUCGUUUUAUAUCCUUCUUUUGUUUGUUUGUUUGUUUUUGUUUUUGUUUUGCUUCACAUUUAAACGUUUCUUGUGAAAAAUGCAGCCAAAGUCAAAAUAAAUAAAUGGAUAAAUAAAAUUC